GGGUGGUUAAACAUAUUGGUAUGUCAGUUCCGAAAUACACGCGAUUGAGCUAGCUCGGUGUUUCAUUGCUGCUCCUGGACAUACCUUCCUGAAGGACCCUUCCAGUACCUAGUUACCUACAUAAUAAUCUGGCGACGAGUCGUGAUCGAAUCAGCGAGUGCGCGAACGUGGUUGAGUGAUAUCUUGUGCGAACAGAAUGGCAAAAAUGCCGGUGGGCAAGAUGGACGCGUUUGAUCGGCACAAGGAUAAUUGGGCGUCGUAUAUAGACAGGCUGGAGCAGUAUUUUAUAGUAAACGAUGUGCAAGAUGACCGCAAAGUACCAUUAUUAAUUACCGCGAUGGGAGCAGAUAGCUACGAUUUAUUAGUGACCUUGUGUACCCCAACUAAGCCAUCAGAAAAAACCUACAAUGAACUUGUCAAACUUAUGUCAAAUCAUCUGCAGCCGCGGCCGAGUGUUUUAGCGGAAAGAUAUAAGUUUCGUCAACGCAAGCAGUCGAAAAAUGAAUCUAUAGCGGAUUUUAUAGCGGACUUGCAAAAGUUAACUAAAUAUUGCGAUUUUGGUACGUGGUUGGAUGACAGCUUGCGAGAUCAAUUUGUAUGCGGAUUGUAUAGUGAGACUAUUCGUCUGCGAUUAUUUACGGAAAAAGACCUGAAGUUUGCUAAGGCUAAGGGAUUGGCGAUAGCGAUGGAGGCAGCGGAGGUUAAUGCGGCAGCGGUAGAAAGUCGAGGUCGGUCAUCAGCAAAUGACGCCACGGCGCCAUGUUUUUCUAUAAGCAACGACAAACAUUCCAGUUUCAAGACGCCAUUACGGAACAACCGAAGUUAUCCGAAACGCGACGAGCAAACCAAAGUAGUUAGCAACGAAGUUAACCGAUGGAGGCCGAACGGACAGCGGCCGAACAAUAGUUACCGGGGACCGGUGACGUCGAGAUCAGCUGACGGUAACCGCGCGCAAUUAGGACAAGGACACGGGACGUGCUCAGCGUGUGGAGGUGCGCAUGCGGCUCAGACGUGCAAAUUUCGACUUUAUGUAUGCCGUGUUUGUAAUCAAGACGGACACUUGAAAAAAAUGUGCCCCAGGUUGACAAAGGUUAACUACGUGGAGGAUGAGUAUUCGGAAGACGAAACAUAUGACUUAGAGUUCCAGGUUUAAGAAUGUGUUCUCGGAGGGCCUGGGGAGGUACAACGGCGGGCUAGUGUCACUGCGAGUGCGGCCGGACGCGCAUCCCGUGUUCCUGCGCGCGCGCCCCCUGGCGUACGCGCUGCGCGAGCCGGUGGAGCG